AGAGAAAGAGAGGCAUAGCGAGAGAGAGAGAGAGAGAGAUUUCUCAACCACGAUCCAUAUUUGCAUUUAAAGAUCCUGUUUAUUUAUGAGGAUGGGGAGCGACUGGGAGACCAGAAGAUGAAAUAACUAGACACUUUGUCCCAUUUGGUGAGGAAGGCUGAGGAUGGGCACUGUGGGGGGAGACGGCUUGCGGAGCGGAACUCCAGGCCACACCCCCGAGGGCAACGUGGUCAUGAACUUCAGCUUCGAUGGCUACCCACUGGAGGAAGAGGAGUCACUGGCCAGGGAGCGGCAGAGACAGAGACAGAGCCAGAGGGAGGGCAGUGGCAUGUCCAUCCUCAGUGACCCAGACAAUGAGCCUGAGCCUAAGGACAGCUACCAUGGGAUCUACUUUGCCAUGUUGCUGGCUGGAGUUGGCUUCCUGCUCCCGUACAAUAGCUUCAUCACAGACGUGGACUAUCUCCACCAUAAAUAUCCAGGUACAUCUAUUGUGUUUGACAUAAGUCUCACGUACAUCCUUGUGGCUCUGGUUGCCGUCAUAUUAAACAACGCAUUGAUUGAGCUGCUCAGUCUACACACCCGGAUCUCUGUUGGUUACCUGUUUGCUUUGGGGCCUCUUCUCUUUGUGAGCGUGUGUGACGUGUGGCUGGAGCUCUUCACAAAGCCUCAGGCCUAUGCCAUUAACCUGGUCGCUGUGGCCAUCGUGGCCUUCGGCUGUACAGUUCAGCAAUCCAGUUUCUACGGCUACACGGGGAUGCUACCCAAACGCUACACCCAGGGAGUGAUGACCGGUGAAAGUACUGCUGGUGUCAUCAUCUCCCUCAGCAGAAUCUUAACCAAACUCCUGCUCCCCGACGAGAAGAAGAACACCAUCAUCUUCCUCUUCAUCUCCAUCGGCAUCGAGACCAUGUGCUUCGUGCUCCACCCACUGGCCAAGAGAACCCGCUUCGUGCGUUACCACACGGCUCAGAUGUCCGGGGAGAGCGACCGGCAGAAGCAGAAAUAUCACGUACACCAGGGCCCAGGCUAUCGGGUCCAUCACAAUGUCAACGCAGAGGAAGUAAGAUUUGAGAAUGGAACGGUGGAGAGUCCUUCCUCCGAGUUUCGUGGGAUGGAGCAGGAAGCCCCAGCUUCCGCAGAGUACGUCAGGUUCGACGUGUCCAAGACCCAGCUCAAGAGGAACUGGCCCAGCUUCAGAGAACUGAUUUUGCACCGGUACAUAGUGUCCCGUGUUAUCUGGGCCUACAUGCUUUCCAUAGCUAUUACCUAUUUCAUCACCCUGUGCCUGUUUCCUGGGCUGGAGUCUGAGAUUCGGAACUGCACCUUGGGGGAGUGGCUGCCCAUCCUAAUCAUGGCCAUUUUUAACCUCUCGGAUUUUGUGGGGAAGAUCCUGGCAGCUUUGCCUUAUGACUGGAAUGGCGUGCGUCUCCUCAUGUUCUCCUGCGCCCGGGUGGUCUUCAUACCCCUCUUCCUACUGUGUGUGCUCCCAAGCGACAGACCCGUCUUCAGCCACCCUGCCUGGCCCUGCGUCUUCUCCCUGCUCAUGGGAAUCAGCAAUGGCUACUUUGGGAGUGUGCCGAUGAUCCUAGCAGCCGGGAAAGUCAGUCCAGAGCAGAGAGAGCUAGCGGGUAAUACCAUGACCGUGUCCUACAUGUCAGGACUGACUAUGGGCACAGCAGUGGCUUAUUUCACGUACAGCCUGACCAGUACGUCUCACACUUCAUGCAUUUACACUGAAACAGUCAACGCUUCGGUCACCACAGGAUUCUAAACCAAGGCUCUCCACAUUCUCACUAGGGGAUGAAUGGAGAGAUGUACUUUAAGGGCAGUGUAUACAUGUCAUCCCAUGGAAACCUAGCUCAGCAUAUCUCAGAUACAUCCCCAACCUGUCUGGCUCUUUAUGUUCCUGUCUCACCGCGUCCCACCCACCAGGCCAGACGUGGGAGUAGGACCAGCUACUUGGACAAGUGUGGCUUUGUGGGAAUUUCAAGUGGACGUGUUACUCACCAGCAUUUGUGCAAAGGCUUCUCUCUCUGACUAUCAGCCUCUGGAUUCUAGCUGAGAGUGCAUAUUGCCUACUCAUUGCCAUCUUGUCUGCCAACCAUUCUGGAGUUGCCUUUUCCAGUUUGACAAGAGAUGUGUGUGUGUGUCUGUGUAUCUAUGUGUGUGUGUGUAUGUGUGUCU